AUGCAUGACGGUGCUCUGGACGCGAACGAGCCGCCCAACCUCCCGCUCCAACCGACGCCGUUCGUGGAGCACCUGCUGCCGCAUGAGGUGCUGCAUAUCGAAUGGACCGACGACGACCUACUACGUGGGCCAUCGGAUAUCGCGGAGGACGAAGCUCGACAUAUCACACACGCGACACAAGCUCUCGUCCUCCAACCUCGUUUCGGCAACGACGCAGGCCACCGGAACGCUGGUCUCGAGCACCGUCACAGUCGCGGCCCGUCGUUGCGCCUUGCGAACAGGGAGCUUUCGUCAUUGAACCAUUUGCAUGGCGGUGUUUCUGCCGUCUUCAUGCUUGCCGCCGUCGCUCUGGUUGCCCUAUUCACGCUCAAGGUGGUUCUGCACCGCCGCCGACGCUUCCAGCAGUACCAGUCCAUCGAUUGA